AUGUUGUUUUCAAGAAGUGAUAACUCACUCGUCCAUGAUGUCCAGUCCGAGAAUCAACUGAACGCCACAUUGCCGAUGAAAGCUACGACUGAUUUUGAUCAUCAGGAAAUCAAUAACGUUAAUGAUUCUAUGAAUGCUAGUAUUGCUGCAACGGGAGUUGACUUUCAUCCGAUUGCUUGUCUUCAAUGCCGACAAUUACACAAGAAGUGUGAUAAACAAAUGCCAGCGUGUAGUACCUGUAUCCGAAAAGGAUUGGAAUGUACAUAUAAUAUACCUAAAAAACGAGGAAAAGGUUCCGAAGCUUACCCCACCAAAACGAAUCAAGAAAAACGAACAAAAAAGAGAAAAGAAAACAAUAAUGCGGAUGUGACAACAACAGCUAGUACCAUACAGCCCAUUCAAAAUAAUGCGUCCUCUACUCCCGUCUCUGCUAAAAAUUCAAUAAGCAACAGCACUCCUAGUUCUUUACUUAAAGUUGGACAAAUUUCACAACAAGAAAACUCUCCAUUACAGGUCAUUGAUUAUUAUUUCUGCUUUCUUUGUCAAGGACAUCCUUUAAUACCCAAGGCUCAGAUUCAGCAAUUUGUACGAAACGUGUUACCAGAACUUGAAAAAUCAAUGCAACGAAAACCACUCGAAUUUGAACAAAUUCAUCCCAAAGAUGAAGAAAAAAGAUGUCUCUAUGCAUUUUAUUUAGCCACACUUACAUGUUAUUAUCAAUUCACAGCUCAGCUUUCUCUAUCCGAUGAAACAUCAAAAAGAGCGGAAAGAGAAAUUGCCAAGUUAUCAAUUGAUUUCUACAGAAAUUUUCUUUUUGCUGGAGCAUGUCAUCAAAUGUCAAUUUACUACACAGGAGAGGGAAACAUGCACCGAGCUAGAUAUUUCCUAAGUCUAACGAAUUAUUAUCUUUCGGAAAAUAAGAAGCGAGAAUUAACUCCUCUUGAAAGAAAUUUGAAAAAACAUCGAGUAUUCAUUUCAUCCGAUGUUGACAGCUCAAGUAUGGAUACUGUGGGAAGCUUUGGAUUUUUCCUUGAAAAGAUGCCUUAUUUGUUUGAACUUUCGUCAGACAAAAAGUUGGAAGAUGCAUUACCUCCAGGUGCUCUCGAAUACGUUAAAGAAGAAAAUGUCACGUCCGAUAAUUACUUAAUCUACAUGCAAAUUAUUGAACUUGUUUUUAAUGCAAUCAAAUCCUAUAAGGUUGAAUUAAUUCGUAACAUGGUGGAUUGCCAUUCAGAGCAGUUCUUUAAAGGCCAACAUUUACAUGGAGCAUUGAUUGUCGAAGGAAUCAAAUUUGUAUUCCUUUCGAAAAUUCCAGAAAUUGCUAAAAAUUUAAUGGAAGAAAUAGCUCUCAAAAUAUCACUCAUGUCUGAACAUGAACUCUUUCAAUUUGCAAAUCUAGGAGUCUCUGGAAGUAUCAUGAACGUUUCAGCCUAUCAUUUAGAAAUUUGCAAACUCAUCGAAAGUGGUCGACGUCCAAGAAAAUCCACUCUCACCACAACCUCUCAAAAAACACUCCUUCUCGACUACUUUGCCAUUCUCAAAAAAGAUUACAAGGCAUUAUCCUUAUUGACACGAAAAUAUCGACGUCUUUCUACCAAAUGUCAACCUCUCUUAGAAGAAAUGGAACACUUUUUAUUGAACUAUGAUCUCAAUGAUGAAUCUCAAUCCACCACUUCUUCAUCUAGUUCAACCACGACCAAUCCUUCCACAUCAACCACGAGUAGUAAUAGUAAUAGUCAUAAUAAUAGUAGCAGCAGUGGUUCUUCAUCUUUUGCUUUUUCAACAGCAGCUAAUGCUUUUUCAACACCAAUGAAUACAAAUAAUAAUAAUACUACUACCACAACGAAUACUAUUGCUACGAAUGAUACUACUCCGUAUUCCUAUCCUUAUCGUGUCAUGAUGGCCAAUCCUUCCAUGAAUCAUUCAUCAUCCUAUCAUCACGACAUGAUGAAAUCUUCAAGCAUGGAAAGUCGAUACUAUGAUGCAUCUCCUCCACCUGUAUAUAUGGAACCAACGACCAUUACAGCUCAUACUUUGGGAGUACCUUCUCAGAAUAAUGUGAUUCUUAGUGCCUUAUUACAAUAUGUGGAAAAUAUUGCAAAGAGCGUACGAGAGAAUGCUCAAAUAGCUAAUGAAACGCCAAUUGUCAUUGAUGCAUCGGGAGUUAUGAGCAGCAACACUCCACAAAGUGAUGAUAGCAGUCAAAUGGAUUCUUUCUCUGACUUUAUGUUUUAA